CACUCAACAAGAGGAGAUUUGUAUUUCGGACCUAACUUCAAGGUGACAGUGACAAAUACACUAUUUUUGUUGUUUCCAAAAUCUCAUAAGUUUGACAUUUUUAUACAUUCUCAUCAAUGUUUUUUACCUAAGUCUAAAUAAAUUGCUUUUAUUUGAGUGCCACUAAAUUAAAAAUAACAUUUGCGGAAUGAAACUGUAAUCUCAAAAUGGCAGGAAUGUCGCCAUCAGAGAGGAGAUUGCAAAAAGAGUUGAUGUCCCUGAUUAAGGAGCCUCCACCUGGAGUUGCAGUUGACGCGAAUAUCGCUGAACAAAACCUAUUGCAUUGGAUCAUAAACAUGGAAGGUGCUGCAGGGACACUUUAUGAAGGAGAAAGAUUCCAACUACAAUUUAAAUUUAGUAAUAAAUACCCUUUUGAUUCACCUGAGGUAACGUUUGUAGGAGCUAACAUUCCAGUCCACCCACAUGUAUAUAGUAAUGGCCACAUUUGCUUGUCUAUUUUAACAGACGACUGGUCCCCAGCCUUAUCAGUCCAAUCUGUUUGCCUAUCCAUAGUGUCUAUGCUAAGUAGCUGUAAAGAAAAACAACGACCGCCAGACAAUGCUUUUUAUGUAAAAACUUGCAAUAAAAAUCCUAAGAAAACCAAAUGGUGGUAUCAUGACGACUCUGUAUAAAAACAACAAAACAGUGAAUGUAAAAAGAAAACUUAAAAGUUAUGUGAUUUUAAUAUUGUUUAUGAUAGAUUUGAAAUUUUAUAAUAAAAACCAUAGUUUUUCUGUCUUAUUGAAAUUAUAUUGUGUUAGACUCUAAACAAUAAAAAUAUUACUUGUCUAGUGCCUAUCAUAUAAAUACCUAUUAUGCUUUAUAUUUGUCUUAAUAUUAUAGAUGUUUAAAUUGUUGCUAUUAAAUAUACGUAAAAGUGCC